UAGGUCUCGUGCAAGCUUAGCCUAUCAAAUCUCUGCACGGCGGCAGGAGCUUUUUGCGGAGCCAAUAGAACACAAGGCAGAAACUUGAAACCGCAAGCUGCAUCAACGGAUAGUGAGUUUCAUCCGGACCCUGAGAAACCAUUAGCUGACGGCAAGCAUUAGAGAUGUGCUUCUACAACCAGAAGAAGUUUUCAUGUGGUGACUGGAGCUGGACCAAUUUCGCUCACCGUUGCAAUUACGAGUACCGCACAGGCGAGACGUGCGGCAUGAGACUUGUGAACGAGACCUUCAACGAGAAAGGCAAAUGCCGCCUCUGCGAUAAGAUUGAAACCAAGAAGCGGCGGCGAGACGCCGAGCUGGACCGGUUGACUCGGUGGAAGCGAGAGGGUGGCACUCUCGUAGCUUCCAUGGAAAGAUGCGAGAAUCUGAUCAUGGAGCUCGAAACAGAAAUAAUCCAGCUGAAAAGGGAGAAGCAAGACAAACAGCGAGCGUUGUCAUGAGUCAACAUGUGAUCUGUGGGAGCAGAAAAGGGGAGUGAAUGUAAUGGGCAAGAUGCUGUUUCUUUUCUUCAUGUUUUCGAUUCCCUCAUUGGUUAUGCGUCGGUCAUUGUUCAUGCUUGUAAUCCGGUGGUUAGUCCCUGGGUUUCACUGGCGAUGUUUCACGUUGUGGUCAAUUCGACCUUUGUUGC